AUGUUGUUUGUAUUGUUUCUGUUCAAUGAAUUUGUAUCAUCAUCAUCAUCAUCAUCAUCAUCAUCAUCAUCAUCAUCAUCAUCAUCAUCAUCAUCAUCAUCAUCAUCAUCAUCAUCAUCAUCAUCAUCAUCAUCAUCAUCAUCAUCAUCAUCAUCAUCAUCAUCAUCAUCAUCAUCAUCAUCAUCAUCAUCAUCAUCAUCAUCAUCAUCAUCAUCAUCAUCAUCAUCAUCAUCAUCAUCAUCAUCAUCAUCAUCAUCAUCAUCAUCAUCAUCAUCAUCAUCAUCAUCAUCAUCAUCAUCAUCAUCAUCAUCAUCAUCAUCAUCAUCAUCAUCAUCAUCAUCAUCAUCAUCAUCAUCAUCAUCAUCAUCAUCAUCAUCAUCAUCAUCAUCAUCAUCAUCAUCAUCAUCAUCAUCAUCAUCAUCAUCAUCAUCAUCAUCAUCAUCAUCAUCAUCAUCAUCAUCAUCAUCAUCAUCAUCAUCAUCAUCAUCAUCAUCAUCAUCAUCAUCAUCAUCAUCAUCAUCAUCAUCAUCAUCAUCAUCAUCAUCAUCAUCAUCAUCAUCAUCAUCAUCAUCAUCAUCAUCAUCAUCAUCAUCAUCAUCAUCAUCAUCAUCAUCAUCAUCAUCAUCAUCAUCAUCAUCAUCAUCAUCAUCAUCAUCAUCAUCAUCAUCAUCAUCAUCAUCAUCAUCAUCAUCAUCAUCAUCAUCAUCAUCAUCAUCAUCAUCAUCAUCAUCAUCAUCAUCAUCAUCAUCAUCAUCAUCAUCAUCAUCAUCAUCAUCAUCAUCAUCAUCAUCAUCAUCAUCAUCAUCAUCAUCAUCAUCAUCAUCAUCAUCAUCAUCAUCAUCAUCAUCAUCAUCAUCAUCAUCAUCAUCAUCAUCAUCAUCAUCAUCAUCAUCAUCAUCAUCAUCAUCAUCAUCAUCAUCAUCAUCAUCAUCAUCAUCAUCAUCAUCAUCAUCAUCAUCAUCAUCAUCAUCAUCAUCAUCAUCAUCAUCAUCAUCAUCAUCAUCAUCAUCAUCAUCAUCAUCAUCAUCAUCAUCAUCAUCAUCAUCAUCAUCAUCAUCAUCAUCAUCAUCAUCAUCAUCAUCAUCAUCAUCAUCAUCAUCAUCAUCAUCAUCAUCAUCAUCAUCAUCAUCAUCAUCAUCAUCAUCAUCAUCAUCAUCAUCAUCAUCAUCAUCAUCAUCAUCAUCAUCAUCAUCAUCAUCAUCAUCAUCAUCAUCAUCAUCAUCAUCAUCAUCAUCAUCAUCAUCAUCAUCAUCAUCAUCAUCAUCAUCAUCAUCAUCAUCAUCAUCAUCAUCAUCAUCAUCAUCAUCAUCAUCAUCAUCAUCAUCAUCAUCAUCAUCAUCAUCAUCAUCAUCAUCAUCAUCAUCAUCAUCAUCAUCAUCAUCAUCAUCAUCAUCAUCAUCCGAAGCAUCAUCAUCAUCAUCCGAAGCAUCAUCAUCAUCAUCCGAAGCAUCAUCAUCAUCAUCCGAAGCAUUAUCAUCAUCAUCAUCAUCAUCAUCAUCAUCCGAAGCAUCAUCCGAAGCAUCAUCCGAAGCAUCAUCCGAAGCAUCAUCUGAAGCAUCAUCAUCAUCAUCAAUAGUAGUUGAGUUUGAUUAG